AUGAAGACGAAGAAAGCCAAUGGAAAAAGAACGAAUUCAAAGAGUCAUAAAAAGCCCUAUGCAAACGUUUUAGAAAGGCUUCCGGACAACGAUCCAAAGACAAAGAUAGAAGUUCGCACUCACUUAGCUCAACAUCUAUUUCUAUGUGAAGAUUAUGAUGGCGCAACAAAAGUCUAUGAAGAUAUAUGUUCAAUAAUACAGGAGAUGCUGAAGCAUUAUAUUAAGCUGUUGAAUGUUCGUGUAAACAAAAAAAAGAUAGGACAAACCUAUACUAGACUUCAGCAAUUGCUUGUGAUAGAACCAAGAUUUGCUAAAGCAUAUCAACUUUGUGCAACUUAUUUCACACAGCAAGAUGAUUUUGAACAAGCGGAAGCAUAUAGAUGGAGAUACGAAGUCUAUUCAUGGAUACGUAUGUUAAAAUCUGCGCGUGAGUUAGAAUGUAGCACAACAAAACUUGAAAAUGAUACAUCGAGACGGUCAUCAGAAUUGUUAGCAGCAGUUUGUUACCAUCACUAUCAUGGCGAAGAAGAAAGCAAAGCAUUUGCCAUUCUAGAACAACGUGGCACCGCUUUCGAAGAUGACGAACAAGAUUUGAUUAGUUUAUUAUUAAGGACACUUUUGAAAAAGCAACAAAGUGUGUGUACAGUAAAAGGUACUGUUAAUGCAUUGGCUGGCAUGAAAUACGAGAAGUUAUUUGGAAUUCUACCUAAUUUACUACCACAUGAUGUGAAUGUAUUUUUUCUGACCGACACUCCAAAUGCACUUGCCAAAUUAGGUGAUCGAAGAGCAAUUCCAUUGUUAACUGAUACUAUCGACAGAUCAGUUCAAGAAAAGGACGAUCAUAAUGAUGAAAAAGUGAAAUCAUACCUAAGAAAUGGAACAAAGAAGAAAGACAUAGGCAAAGUCUGUCUCGCUGUUGCCACUAGUGAACAGCAAUAUUUCACUGAACUCGAAAAGAUAUUAACCGACGGAAACACACUUGAUUAUGUUACUAUCGAGUACCUUUAA